UGUCUGGCCACAACAAGUGGUGUGUGGGCCGGCUAUGCCUGCCUGAGCAACCCAUGUGUUUUCGGCGUCUGCAUUGAUGACCUGAACAGCACCUACUCCUGCUACUGCAUAGACGGCUACACAGGUGUGCAGUGUCAGACAAACUGGGACGAGUGCUGGUCAUCUCCGUGCCACAACGGCGGAACUUGCAUCGACGGCGUCGCCCAGUACAAUUGUAGCUGUCCGGAGGGUUUUGCCGGGCUCAACUGCGAGGAGAAUCUCGACGAGUGUCUGUCGAACCCGUGUCAGAACGGUGGCGUCUGCAAUGACCGAGAUAACGGCUACACAUGUACCUGCCUGCCUGGCUUCCUGGGAGGACACUGCGAAAUUGAUGUGGCCGUGUGCGAAUCAGGUACGUCGGAACGCUGCGAGAACGGCGGCGAAUGCCUCGAAGGUCCCGGCCUCUCCUUCACCUGCCAGUGCGCCCCCGGAUGGGAGGGCGAUCGCUGUGAGCAGGAAGUCGAUGAGUGCGCCUCGUCUCCCUGCCAGAACGGCGGCGUGUGUGUGGACAAACUCGCCGGAUACGCGUGUGCUUGCAUCACAGGUUUCACUGGAAACGAUUGCGAAGAGGCAAUUCUGGUAUGUGACGAUUCUCCAUGCCGGAAUGACGCCUUAUGUCUGAUGGAGGAUGGCCAACCAGUCUGCUACUGCGUUCCCGAUUUUCACGGCGAGAAAUGUGAAAACCAGUACGACGAAUGCCUCCUCGGGCCAGGGUGCCAAAAUGGGGGAACUUGCAUUGAUGGAGUGGACGAUUUUUCGUGCUCCUGCCCACCUGAUCUCAGCGGAUCACUCUGUGAGUGUUUAGUACUCACCGAUGGGAAUUUCAAUUGCAAUUAUACCCGCCCACCUGGCUGGUCUCUUCCGCCCACAACCACUGAUAUUCUGUCUACGAGGACAACGGACGAGGAGACUGAGACUGCCACGCUUGGGUGGACGACCACUGCUUCCCACACCAGCUCCACUGUGCCAACAACCAGAACCACCGAAGAGCCCACAACACCAUCGACAAUCACCACUGAGAGCGAAGCAAGUGAGAGUACAGUAUUUUCCACACAGGAGACAGCAGGACGUCCUGAGAGUAGCACUGAGGGUGUCUUUGGAACAACUCUGGCGAGCACUGUGACUUCUGAGGAACCCCCAACAAGCACUCUUUCAACAGCAAGAACCACAGACGCUGAAAUAUUGCCGGACUCAACUGUAUCCACGUCUACUGUCGAAAGCUCCUCGCUGGGAACAUCCACAGUCACGUCCACGACUGCCUUCUUCACCACCACGGAGGAAGUGACAACGAGGACAGAAGCUGUAGACACUCAAACCACCAUUGAUCCCUUCUUCACCACUCAUCCCUCGCGGAGGAGCACCGCUGAGGAGGACACCACCUUCAGCGCCACGGAGAGCACAACAAUGGGCAUCCCGACGACGAUUCCCCUGGAAAAUUACACCGGAAGUCCGGAUUGCAUGAGGCAGCCGUGUCUCAGCGGGGGAACAUGUGUGAGCACGUCCCAAGGAAUGCGGUGCAUGUGCCGCUUCAAUCGCCAGGGAGCUCAAUGUGAGGCGCCCCUCGUGAUUAGACACGCCGCCUUCUCGGGCAACUCCUACGUCAGCCACCGCAUCCUCAGCCACCGCAUCCUCAGGCACCGAUCGGCCAGCCUGGAGGAGACGCUGCCCAUGCAAGUGGAGCUGCGCGCCAGGACGCGCGCGAGCGACGGUCUCAUCCUGCUGGCCACCGUGCAGGGCUUCCGCGGCAGCCACUAUCUGGCUCUCUUCCUGCACCGCGGCCUCCUGCAGUUCCAGUUCUCGUGCGGCCUCCAGACAAUGCUGCUCAGCGAGCUGGAAGCUCCCGUCAACACCGGCCACGAGAUGGUUAUUCAUGCAGCACUCGACUUCAGUCGCAACUUCUCCCACUGCAACGCCUCGCUGAGAGUGAACGACACCCUGGCCAUGAGCGGCGACCAGCCCACGUGGCUGGGCGCCGCGAGGCCGGAGCGGCGCCCUGGGAAGAUCAUCCAGAGUGCGUGGCUCCAUCUCGGCGGGGCGCCGCAGGCCCCCUUCGGCCUGAUAAAUGACUUGCCAGCCGCCGGCGGAGAGGGAUUCACAGGAUGUCUGCGCGCCCUGAAAAUUAAUGGACAACCAAGACAAAUAUUUAGUGACGCCGAGGACGGUUUUGGCAUCACAGAGUGCGGCUCAUUAGCCUGUCUGGCUAAUCCGUGUCGAAAUGGGGCUGUUUGCAUUGAGCUGGAGACGAAAGGUGAGGAAGUGGAGUCGGAGGACGACUACGAGGAGGAGUUUGGGGCGUCCAUCGAGGAUAAAUGGCGCUGCAAGUGUCCCACAGGCUACAUUGGGCCCACUUGCGAGAUAUCCGUGUGCGCCGACAAUCCCUGCCAAUACGGCGGCACAUGUGUCCAAUUUCCGGGAAGUGGCUACCUAUGUCUCUGUCCAUUUGGCAAGCACGGCCACUAUUGCGAACACAACUUGGAAGUGGCUCAACCGACAUUCUCAGGCAGUGUUGAGGGACUGUCUUCGUACGUCGCUUAUCCAGUGCCAAUUCCCCUGGAGUACUCCUUGGAGCUGACUUUUAAGAUCUUGCCUGCAACCAUUAGCCAAAUCUCUCUGCUGGCCUUCGUCGGCCAGAGUGGCUUCCACGAUGAGAAGAGCGACCACAUGGCUGUGAGCUUCAUCCAAGGCUACAUCAUGCUGACGUGGAAUCUGGGCGCGGGUCCGCGGAGAAUCUUCACGCAGCGACCGAUUGAGGAAAGGAGCGAGAAUCUGCAGCAGCCAGUCGUUAUUUCGGUGGGUCGCAACGGUCGGCAAGCUUGGCUUUCCGUCGAUGGGAAAGUGAACAUCACAGGAAGAGCCCCGGGCAGUUUGACUCGCAUGGAUGUGACGCCGAUAAUAUUCUUGGGUGGACAUGAAGUGGGCAAUUUCUCCACACUUCCUCACGAUUUGCCACUGCACUCUGGCUUUGAGGGUUGCAUCUACGAUGUUCACCUGAAGGCUGGCCACGUGACGGUGCCUCUGCAGGACACCAAAGGCGUCAGAGGACGUGGUGUUGGACAAUGCAAUACCAGGGAAUGCCACAGACACGCGUGUCAGCACGAUGGAGCCUGUCUUCAGCAUGGAGCAACUUUUACGUGCAUCUGCCAGGAAGGGUGGUUCGGGCCACUUUGCACCCAGAGCGCCAAUCCAUGUGACUCGGAGAAUAACAUGUGCACCGAGGGAGCAACCUGUGUUCCACUGGUGACUGGCUACGAGUGUGACUGCCCCACUGGGAGGAUGGGAAAGAACUGUGAAAUUGUUAUCAAAUCGCUGAGUGACGUCUCAUUGACUGGACGACGCUCAUACGUGGCGAUAGCAUGGCCAGCCUUCCCAGAAGAUGAUGCCCAAGAGGAGAAUGAGAUUACAUCUGAUGCCCUUCGCGUGGAGAAACCACACAUAAACAUAACAUCAGCGCUCUUCAAUCGUCCGAGAGCCUUCAAAUUCUCCCGCCAAUUGAAUCCCAUCCGCAUGAAGUUUAUCAAUGAGGUGGAACAUCCGCAGGCGCCCCAGAAACCCCUCAUGAUGCUCACAUCCCCCGGAAAUGUGGCUCAUCUCAGCAUUCAGCAGUACUCAAUUGAGUUCCAAGUGAGACCGCUUUCAGAGCGCGGUUUGCUGGUGUUCUUUGGCGCCCACGAAGAUGAACUGGACAGCUCUCUGGGCUUCGUGAGUCUCUCCCUACAGGGUGGAGUGGUGGAGUUCAGGGUGUCCAGUCAGAAACACCACGUGAGUGUGCUGAGGAGCUCAAGAAUGCUCGCCAUUGGUGAAUGGCACAAAGUUCGAUUCGCUCAAAGUGGCAAAAGACUCAGUCUCUGGGUUGAAGGAAGUGCCACCAGUGCUUCUUCAGAUUCCAAUGGAUUCUUUCUCAGAAGGGAUACGAAAAUCUUCCUGGGCGGACUUCCAGAUUCCUCUCACUUGCCGUACAAUUCCAUCUCAGGCUUUCCUGUGCCGUUCAGAGGAUGCAUUCGGCAGCUUUCUGUCUCCGGAACCAGAAUAGUUCUCAAUGAGACGAACAUUUUAGAAUCGCGGAACAUCCAGGAUUGCGAUGGAACGGCGUGCGGUGGUGAUUCAUGUGAUCUCGGUGGUCACUGUUGGCUGGACGAUAAACUCCAGCCGCAUUGCAAGUGUCCAGAGAAUGCCAAGGGCGAUCGUUGUCAGAUUCCCGAGUCCUGUCACAUGAUCUCGUGCAAGAACCGCGGCAAGUGCCAGAGGAACGGUGAGUGCAGCUGCCCCAACGGCUGGGGUGGCUUCUACUGCGAGAUUGCCACCAGCAAGUUCUCCACGCCGAGCUUCGGUGGCAACAGCUAUCUGGUCGUGCCACCGCAGAGGAUUCCCGUGAAGGGCAAGCGAAACGGCCCUGUUCUCUUCCUCCGAUCACCCGAAGGUGUGGAGAUCUCACUGAACUUCUCCACCACGCGCCAAAGUGGUUUGCUGCUGUGGAGCGACAGAUCGGGUGGGAAAUUCUUCGGCGUUGGCCUCGAGAGGGGCCGCUUGAGGGUCGCCAGCAGUGCCUUGGCGAUGAACAAUGGCACAGUGGACAUUGCCACUGGCGGCUUCAUCUCUGACGGCGCUUGGCACAAUCUUCUGCUCAGUUCAGACGACGAGGAGCUGAAAAUGUCUCUGGACGGGAGACGCAUUUUCUCGGACGAGAAACAUCAGAGAGGAGGAUUCAAUCUCACGAGAGACGGUCACAGUAUUACCCUGCAGGACACGUUUUUCAUAGGUGGUUUUCCAGACACCGACAGCGUAUCGAAGCGCACAGGAAGCAAAUUCCGGAAAUCGUUCAGCGGCUGCCUGCAAGACAUCAGCCUCGGGCCAUCAGACUUCACACCGGAAACGCAUAUCGCGCUCGGCGAUCUCGAUGGUGAAAAUAUUGGCGUCUGUGAGUUCGCGUAAU